GAGAAUGUAAAUAAACAGUUUGUUUAAAAAUUAAUUUUUGCUCUUUUAAUAAUUAUAAUAAUAGUAAUAAUAAUGGAGGAUUCAAAUGAAGAACUGCGUACCCAAAUGCGAGAUAUAAUUCUCAAUACAUCGAAACCAUUGAUUAUUCACGAUUUUCCCUUGAAGUGGGAAUGCUUUAAUGGUUCACUGCAUGAUUGGUGCGAGUGCUUUGACGCAGAAACCUCAUCCGGUCCAGGACCGGAAUUCGAGCUUAUGUCCAUGACAGAUUGCUCGUCGCCGCAGUGGGAACGAAAACGGAAGAGGGUUUCCAACAUGUCUAUGCAGAAAUUCCUCAAGGACUAUGGCGGUGGAGUGAUGGAGAAUCAAAGCCACUGGGCUGCCUAUCAGUACAAGAGAGCCCAGGAUGUGCCCGAGAAUUGUGUGAAAGGCAUAGAUUUUGGAGACUUUGGAUUCCCCGAUCCUGAUAAAGACUUCACAUUCUGGCUGGGAUCGGAACAGGCAAAUACGCCGUGUCACUAUGAUACCUACGGCAUAAACAUUGUCGUUCAGGUAUAUGGUAGCAAGCUCUGGUUACUCUUUCCCCCCGAGACGCCGUUGCAGAGUUCCCGCAUUCCAUAUGAAGAGUCUAGUGUUUAUUGCUUGGAAAACUUUUAUGCUCCUCCUCCGGACAGAAACUACAGUGAAUUUGCCGACCAAGCCCAUUCCUGUAUCCUUCAGGCUGGCGAUGUUCUCAUUGUGCCGCGUCAUUGGUGGCACUAUGUGGAGUCAAAGCAGACCUCGUUGAGUGUCAACUAUUGGGUGCCACUUAAGGUGGAUUUAGAUUUGGCCUUGGAUGAGUUUAUGGUCAAGCACAUAAUCGAGAGCUUUGUCAAGGGCGAAAGUAAUCAGAUGAGGGAAUAUCUCUUGAAUCCCAAUCAGCUAACAGAGGUGUCUGCCCUGCCCAGUGAACUGUUCGAACAAUACGAACAGGCAGUUGGGCAAAAUGUCGGCGACAAGGCGAAUCAACGUAAACUGUGGGACACUGAUUACCUAACUGCCACAGAUGUGAAUGCCCUGUUCAAUAAUAUUGACCUGUUCAUGCGACCCGUUGAGAUUAUGCACAAGGAUGAGUACGAGCAUCUGAUCAACACCAACUCGAAGGGACGAUUGCCAUCUGGUGAAGCUGCACCCGAGUGCAACGAGGGUAUUAUCAGCUCCAAUCUGGAGCUACUUAUCAAUAGCAUGUGUGCUCCUCGCAGUAUAGCGAGCAUCAAGCGCGAAUUCUUCCGUAGAUUAAGACAAUAGAAUGUUUAUUUUUUUUGUUUUGUUUUGUGAUACGGAGAAUACAUAUGUGAGAUUAACUUUGAA